CCAAUGCCUUGGCGGAGGCGGGAGGAGCGCCCGUGGAGCGCCAGGAACCUUGGAAACCAGCGGGGUCCCCCUCCACGUUAAGGUGCGCGUGCCGGCGUGGAGAGAGCCGAGCCGGAGCGGGGUUUUUCCUGCCGCCUCUGACGACCCGCCGACGGGAUGAAGAUCGAGGAGGUCAAAAGCACCUCGAAGACCCAACGCAUCGCCGCCCACAGCCAUGUCAAGGGUCUCGGGCUGGACGAGAGCGGGGCGGCCAAGCCAGCAGCAGCCGGGCUGGUGGGCCAGGAGAACGCGCGGGAGGCCUGUGGUAUUAUCGUGGAAUUGAUCAAAAGCAAGAAAAUGGCUGGCAGAGCUGUGCUAUUAGCAGGACCACCUGGAACUGGCAAGACAGCUUUGGCUCUAGCUAUUGCUCAGGAGUUGGGUAGUAAGGUUCCUUUCUGUCCAAUGGUUGGAAGUGAGGUGUACUCUACUGAAAUAAAGAAAACUGAAGUGUUGAUGGAAAAUUUCAGAAGAGCCAUUGGGUUGAGAAUUAAAGAAACCAAAGAAGUUUAUGAAGGUGAAGUCACAGAAUUAACUCCAUGUGAGACUGAGAACCCGAUGGGAGGAUAUGGCAAAACCAUUAGUCAUGUCAUCAUUGGUCUCAAAACUGCAAAAGGAACCAAACAGCUGAAGUUGGAUCCUAGUAUAUUUGAAAGUCUGCAAAAGGAAAGAGUAGAAGUUGGUGAUGUGAUUUACAUCGAAGCAAACAGUGGGGCUGUCAAGAGGCAAGGCCGGUGUGAUACGUAUGCAACAGAAUUUGACCUUGAAGCUGAAGAGUAUGUUCCCUUGCCCAAAGGUGAUGUGCACAAGAAGAAAGAAAUCAUCCAGGAUGUUACAUUGCAUGACUUGGAUGUUGCUAAUGCUAGGCCCCAGGGUGGGCAGGAUAUCCUCUCCAUGAUGGGGCAACUGAUGAAGCCUAAGAAAACUGAAAUCACAGACAAACUUCGUGGAGAGAUCAACAAGGUGGUGAAUAAGUACAUUGAUCAAGGCAUUGCAGAGUUAGUGCCUGGUGUGCUAUUUGUGGAUGAAGUACACAUGCUGGAUAUUGAGUGUUUCACGUAUUUGCACCGAGCACUGGAAUCUUCAAUUGCUCCGAUUGUCAUCUUUGCUUCCAACCGAGGGAACUGUGUAAUCAGAGGAACAGAAGAUAUAAUAUCUCCUCAUGGGAUACCUUUGGAUCUACUGGACAGGGUGAUGAUAAUUAGGACCAUGCUAUAUACACCACAGGAAAUGAAGCAGAUUAUAAAACUUCGAGCCCAGACAGAGAGUAUUAAUAUUAGUGAAGAGGCAUUGAAUCACCUUGGGGAAAUUGGCACUAAAACAACAUUAAGGUACUCUGUGCAGUUACUUACUCCAGCCAAUCUACUAGCCAAGAUAAAUGGGAAAGACAGCAUAGAAAAGGAGCAUGUUGAAGAAAUAAAUGAACUCUUCUAUGAUGCCAAAUCCUCAGCAAAAAUCCUGGCUGAUCAACAAGAGAAGUACAUGAAGUAAAGAAGAUUGUUCACCUUCAUAGUCUUCAGAGACUUGUUUUAACUAAAUCCAUGAUAACAUGUUAACAUCUGUUUGCUGAAACUGAAAAAUUCUGGAAUGUGAAAACAAAGAUGUAGAAUCUCCGUUCUUCCUACUUCAUUGAUAGGGAUUGAAAUGAAAUACUGUAGUAUCCUAGUACAGUAUUUCUUAUUUUGAGUGCCUAUACGAAAUGGAUGCAGCUGGCAUAUCCUUGUGUCCCUACUUUAGUUUUCAUUGCUAAAUUGUUCCAUUGAUUAAAAUAGCCUGUUUUCUUUGAUUUUUGCAUUAAAAUAAUUGGAAAUGUC